GCCUGGCACAGCCUGCUGAGCCAUCGGGGGUGGAGAGGGGUAGGCCAGCGACCGGGAAAUGCUGAGGGCGCUGGGGGAGGGUGUCAGGGGUUAAAAGGCAUGGGUCGGGGCUGAAGUUGGAGGCAGCUGGCUGCAGAAGCUCUCCACCGGGGCCCCUCACCCAGGCCCGUCCCGCCCUCCCUGCCCCCCACCCAGGCGCUGCCAUGUGGCCCCUGGCCUCUGCGAUUGCCUUCCUGACCACGGCCUUGUCCUCGUCAAGCGGCGUCUCUCAGGACUAUCCCAAGAUUAUCAACAGCACCAAUGGGACCAAUGGGUUUCUCCCAGGUGGCUACACCUGCCCUCCCCACUCUCAGCCCUGGCAGGCAGCCCUGCUGGUUCAGGGGCGGCUGCUCUGCGGGGCAGUCCUCGUCCACCCCCGCUGGGUCCUGACUGCAGCGCACUGUCUGAAGGAUGGAUACAGAGUGUCCCUGGGCAAGCAUACCCUGGAGCACGAGGAGGCUGGAGAGCAGGUGCGGGACGUCGCCCGCUCCAUUCCCCACCCUCUGUACCGGAGCAGCCCCACUCACCUGAACCACGACCACGACAUCAUGCUGCUGGAGCUGCAGUCGCCCGUCCGCCUCUCGAGCCACAUCCGCGUCCUGCCUCUCUCCCACAGCGACUGCCUCCCGGCUGGCACCUGCUGCCGCGUGUCUGGCUGGGGCACCACCAUCAGCCCCCGGGUGAGUUUCCCACAAGCCUUACAGUGUGCCAACAUCCAGCUACGCUCAGAUGAGGAGUGCCGGCAAGCCUACCCGGGGAGGAUCACACGCAACAUGGUGUGUGCCGGCUCCCCCGAGGGCGGCAAGGACUCCUGUGAGGGCGACUCGGGAGGCCCCCUGGUCUGCAACGGAAGGCUCCACGGUAUCAUCUCCUGGGGAGACUUCCCCUGCGGGCAGCCCAACCGGCCCGGCGUCUACACCCGCGUCUCUCAAUACAUUUCAUGGAUCCAGGCAACCAUCCGAGGGCAGAGACCCCAAGAGCAGGAAUGGACGCAGGGCCCACAAACAGAUAACAGAGACACAGGCAGGCUGAGCCGGCCACAGCCACAUGGAGGGCCUGGCAGGCAGAGGGACCAGGUGAGGAGGGGCCGGCAGCCCAGAACCUGGAGGUGGCCAGCCAUGGGGCCCAGCUUCCUUGUGCUCCUGUGUGUUAUUGGGCUCAGCCACGGGGCCUCCGAGAAGAUUUAUAACGGCACGGAGUGUGACCCUCACUCGCAGCCGUGGCAGGUGGGGCUGUUUGAAGGUGUCAACCUGCGCUGUGGGGGGGUCCUCGUUGACCGAAGGUGGGUCCUCACAGCUGCUCACUGCAGCGGCAGCAGGUACUGGGUGCGCCUGGGGGAACACAGCCUCAGCCGCCUGGACUGGACGGAACAGAUCCGGCGCAGCGGCUUCUCCGUGACCCACCCCGGCUACGAGGGAGCCCGGAGGAGCCACGAGCAUGACUUGCGGCUUCUGAGGCUGGGCACUCCCGCCCGCCUGACCCGCAGUGUCCAGCCCCUGGCCCUGCCCACCACCUGUGCAGCAGCUGGCACGGAAUGCCACAUCUCCGGCUGGGGCACCACCAACCGACCAUGGAGCCCAUUCCCAGACAAGCUGCAGUGCCUCAACAUCGCCAUCGUCUCCAGUGCCACCUGCCGAGCCGUGUACCCUGGGAGAAUCACGGACAACAUGUUGUGUGCGGGUGGCAACAUGGGAAAGGAUGCCUGCCAGGGCGACUCUGGGGGCCCGCUGGUGUGCGGAGGAGUCCUCCAGGGCCUGGUGUCCUGGGGGUCCGUCGGGCCGUGCGGCCAGGAAGGCAUGCCGGGCGUCUACACCAACAUCUGCAAAUACGUGGACUGGAUCCGGGGGGUCAUCAAGAACAACUGACUGGCUCCUUCCACCUCCACCCUUUCCCGGCUUGGGGUCCACUCGGACCCCCGGAGCGCCGACACCUCCUCCAUCGUCAACCCCAGCUCUCACUCUUCUCGGUCUGGGAAAUCCCCUUCCCCCGAACUCCAGCGCCAGCCGGUCCCCUCCUAAGGCCCCCGGUUCAGGGAGGAGGGCCUGUGGGGCCAUUUGGAAUAAAUGUAACUCGCCAAGGGGUGGAGUCUCUCUGUC